AUGACUGACACAAAGCAGGAUGUGGAGGCUGUGCCAAUAUCCCCGACCGCAGCUGUACAUCAGGGUUGCAGUGUCGGUUCAAAACAAGAUGAGGUGUCAAAGCCCCAUAUAAAUGACGCUUUCAAGCACUUGACAGGACGGAAGCUUUGGAAGAGAGAUUUUUUUAAACAUAACUGGGAGCUUCUCAGCAAAGUAACACUGGCAAAACUUGUUCUGUUCCACAGACGGCGUGGCGGAGAAACAGAGAGAAUUGAAGUAGUGCAUUAUGAAAACAGAAGAAAUAAAUCAGAGCAGGCACCUAAAGAAGUAGAAGAUUCUUUAAGUGAAACAGAGAAAGUCCUUUUGAGAACACUGUCCAGAGUUGAAAUUCGUGGGAAAAGGGAUCGUACUGUCGCAGUCCUUCUUACUCCAGACAUACAAAAAAACAUUGAUCUUCUGCUGAGAUACAGAGCAGACGCAGGUGUAGAUAAAGAAAAUGCAUACGUUUUUGCAAGAUCCAAUUCUGGGUCGCAGUUUCCCCUUAGAAGUGCAGACGUCUUAAGAAAAUUUGCAAAAGAAGCAAGUCUGGAAUGCCCAGAAAGUGUCACUAGUACAAAAUUGAGGAAGCAUGUUGCCACAGUGGUCCAGAUUUUGAAUCUCAGCAAAAACGAUUUGGAAGUAUUGGCAAGGUUUAUGGGGCAUGACAUCAAUAUUCAUAGAUCAUUCUAUCGCCUCCCACAAGAAAUAAUCGAAGUGGCUAGGAUGGGAUAUCUUCUGACAGCCUUUAACAAGGGAACUAUUGGACAGUUCAGCGGGAAGUCCAUUGAUGACAUAGAUCAAGAAUUAGGUAAGAUGAGAAAAGAAAAUGAGUCUUGA